AUGUUGGCCGACGGUGUCACUCCAGGUAAAAUGGCUUGUUCAGAUGGUUGCCCCAUGGCGGAGAAGGUACGCUCCAUAGUGUACUGGAGGCAACCAAUUGUAACAGGAGUCAUACUAACUCUCUUGCUGAUUGUCGAAUUUAGUUUUAUGUGUCUUUCUGCGAUCUCCUUCAUUGCUUAUAUUGGUUUAGCCCUUCUUGUUUCCGUCAACUUAUUGCGUAUGUAUUAUCACUUUGUGGCUAAAACAGAAAAUAAUUUUGUCAGCGAAUAUCUAGAACGAGAAAUCACUGUGCCACAAGAUAAAGCAGAGAAAGUUUCUCGACGUCUCACUGAGGUUUUAAACAAAGGGUUAAUACGCACUAGAGAAAUAUUCUUACUCACUGACCCCGCCGCAUCCGUAAAAUUCGCUGUACUGUUAUAUCUACUGACAUACAUUGGUGCCCAGUUCAACUUCUUAACUUUAUGCAUACUAUUUACUUUUGGUGUCUUUUGUGUGCCGAAGUUUUAUGAGCGCUACCAACCGGAAAUCGAUAAAAUGAUUGAGCUGGCGAAAUCGAAAAUACAUAUGGUAUCAUCACAGGUUAAAACGCAUCUCGAAAAGUUACCAAUUAUUGGCAGUGGUCUAAAAGAAAAAACACAAUAA